CUUUCAGUCACAAGGACCCAGUAUACAUCAGUUUUCAUUCCCUGGUCCAAUCCCAGGUUUCCAUAGAAACAUGCAAAUGAGACUUGGCAGGAUGAUGUUACAUCAUAGGCCAAUGUAUGAGGAAUUUUUAAGUCUGGAGGAAAGACUAGGAAAUAUUAAUCGUGGAGCAACGAAGGAAGUCAUUGAGCAGAAUACGCUGCCUCAUAAGUAUCACAGGAUCAAGCGAGAUGCGGACGGAGAUGAUGAACAGCCUGAGAAGUGUACCAUCUGUCUAAGUGAAUUCGAGGAGGCAGAAGAUGUCCGACGCCUGCCAUGUAUGCACUUGUUCCACAUCGAAUGUGUCGACCAAUGGCUUACCUCUAACAAGAAGUGUCCGAUAUGUCGGGUUGAUAUUGAGGCAGGGUCAAAAGGUCAAAUCUCCUCACAGAACUGAUAGAAGAUGGCUAGUCACCUGCUCAACAUUCUCUGUUCUGGUGGAAGUUUGUGGGAAAAGUUACAACAUUGUCUUGUGUUGUAUUUGUGAGAUAACAGGGUGUUAUGAGUAUGUAGGCUCCAGUGAUGGAGAAAAUUUUAAUCAUGUGAUCGCUUGCUUUAAUGUUGAUUGGACAGUUAGUCAGCACGGAGUUCAAGAGGUUAAAAACUCAGGGCUGGUUGAUAUUAAGUGGUUGAUAAAGGUCAAAACCUCAGGAAAGACAAAGGUCAAGGUCAUCAGUCAAUAUUCUCAGGACUAUUAUGGUCUGCGGGGCUGGCCUCCUGCAGUUGUCAUGGUGACCAAGGAAAAACAGCACAGGGAGAUAACUCUUCAUCCAGCUACAAUGUGUGAUGCUGAGUAAACAAAAUGCUUCCUAGAGGAUUACUAAUGCAUAUAUACAUAGUAACCAGUGCUAAAGUUAAGAUGUCAACAAAAAUUCACUGCAGCAUAAUAGAGUGAUUCUAACUUAACGGGGAAAAUAUUCCCACCUCACGCUGUCACCACAGAGAUUUGGGGCCUGUUCGUUUAUGCAGACAAACCGUAAUUUUUUUAAAUGUGAUAUUUCACUCAUAUAUCUAGACAGACCUUUAAAAGGUUAAUACAGACUUUGGAAGUCUUUGUCAAGGCUCGUCUGAAAACAAUAUAAAAUCACCAGGUCCAUCUUUAUUUCAUAAACGAACAACACCGGUCCAACUGUUCCAACCGUUUGGACGGCAAAAACGAAAACGGCAUUCGUUUUGGUUUUGUAAAGGUCUCAUACACUUAGUCGACACGUAUGGCCGUCGUGGCAAAAAUAAUUUGUACAAAGCCGCAAUCUUUUUUGCUAUCUCUCGCUGGUUCUAUAGCAAUGCUGGUGGUGUUCUGCCGUGGUUAUUUUGAUGUUAAAGGUCAGUAACUAAAGGUUGAAGGUCAGAGGUCAACAAUCAUGUGUGCUAUUAUAUUUUUAUGCCUUUUAACUUAAGACUUGUAAGAUAUGAUUAUGUGCUAUUAUUGUGCUAUUAAUGUAUUAUAUACAGUUUGUUAUAUACAAUCAUGGUCACAUGGCCUUGUCACAUGAUUUGAGUGUGAGUGUGUAUAGGUCACAUGACAGUAUGGGUAUCACAUGACCUUAGCAGCAGCGUAAUCAAUAUUGUGAUUUGUGUGAUAUUAAUGGUUUAAAAAUUUUUACAUAAAAAUUGUAUUUAAAAAUUUCACAGUACAGAGUACUGAUAUUUUAUUUAAUAUGUAUGCAAAUUGUAUUUUUUUUUCAACAAUAUUUCAAUGACAUCGAAAUUCAGGGAAAUGUUUUGAAUGAAACAUUAUGAUAUGGAUUUUCUAGUUUGCUUUUUAGCAUGGAACCCUGUUAGCAUGGCUAUUCAGACUUGUGAGUACUGUGUCAAAAUAUUUCAAAAAGUUUCAAGAGUCAAAUUUCAAAUUUUUUAAAUUGUAUUCUGACUGAUCUUUUGACACAAGGCACUGAAUGUGGCGCUGUUAUCACGAAAGUUGUCAUCGCGUCAUGGUCCUAGAUCGGAUGGCAGUGACUAACAUGGUUCCUGGCUACUCAAAGUUAAAUGUACGAGGUGUAAAGGUCUCUAAUACUAGACACAGGUGUGACAAUCAUAACGUUGCGUGACGUCACAGUGAAUUUAAAAGGGCUUGUGAGAAGGUGAGAAAGCGUCAUGUGACUGGCCGAGAGGCAGGUUUUGUGGCCCUAGAGAUGUAUGGGUAUAAACCCGGUCAGGAGACUAUCUCUGUGACCAGAGAUAAGACUUGUAUCGUGUCAGUGGUCAGUUAAUGAAUUGCCUUGUCUCUGUGGCCAAGAACAAAUCUUUAGAGACCAUUAAUCUCUAUGUGUUGUAUUUGUAUUGCCAGACACAAGACUGUAUCUCAUUUUUAUGACCUUGAUACGAGACAUGUCUCAUUUCUGGCAAGGAACAAAGCCUGUUCCAUCUUUAAGCUGGGAGUAUGCUAACCCGCCGCUAUUUACUCACUUUAUUUACUAGUCAAUUAGUAGUUUCCAAGUAUGUUGUGCUUUUGAAUGAAUUUAAGUGAAUUUGUGCAAUUUUUUAAUUGAUUUUUUAUGGAAAUAAGCUGGCUUUAUAUUAUAUACAUUAAUGUGAUUUUAUAUCUGUUAUUCCCCAAAGGCCACGAUAGACUGGUCCAGAGUGACUGUAGACUGGUCCAAUGCGUAUAUUUAGGGUUGAUGGGGUAGGCAAUGCAGCCAAAUAAAGCUUUCCAGAACUAAUAUCAUUAAACGUUUUACAUAUAUAAUCUGUGUCACAAGAAUGUUUUAACAUUGUAUCUGCAUCACCAGAAUGUUUUAGCUUUGUAAUCCGAGUCCUUACAAUGUUUAAAGUGUAGAAUUCUGGAUUUUUUUCUUCUUGUUUAUUGAAUUAAUUUUGUAAAGGACUGUGUUUUACCAAGAUCUCUGUCAGAUUGGCUUCUUAUUAUAUCCAUUUAGAGGUGCAGAAUUAGAUAUUUACAUGUGCAUGUAAACCUAAAGCCCUGCUUUAAAGGAAAUAAUACUCUCAGUUGUUUUAUUCACUCUAGAAUGUACAAUAUCUAAAAAAAAAAUGAAGUCCUGAAAACUAACAAAAUUUUCUUUACCCAUUUUUCAAAUAAAUAACUACCAUAACUUCCUCAUUUCCUCAUAGAAAUCAUUAAUGAGUUUUUUUUUCAAAAUAGUGGUCGAACACUUGGAGCUUAAUACUGUGAGGAGCUAGUUUGAAUAUUGCAGUCGUCUGAAGAGUAAUGAUUUAGUGUUUUAGAUUCUAAAGACUGGAAUAAGAUUAGAAUUAUCCCCGUGUUUUUGAGAUACAGCUGUGAAUAUCUAGAAUACGCUUCAAACAUUAAGUAUAUCUGUAUCAAAUAUUUUUGUAAUUGCUUCGGAAAUGACGCUGACAAUGUAUGUAUUAUUUUGGAGGUAACAGAAAAAAUUUUGGUUGCGGGUUUUCAGUUGACAUUUGAAGAUUUCAUUAAAUCCUGAAUUCCAACAGGUGUUGAAAUAAUUCAACAUAGACUCAUCAGGCUAUUAAAUAAAAUAGUUAUAAUGAUGACUGUUAGUCAGACAAAAAAAACAUUACUCUGACUUAAAGAUGCUAUGUCCCUUACAGUUUACGCUGUUUUUCACAAAAAUGCAUAAAACGGUAUAGAAAUAUAUCUUAACCCUUUCAACCCUAAGAAACUUGAGUAGACUCUACCAUUCUUUCAUAAUUUGAAGUCCAAUAUGGUCAGUAGGGGUGAAAGGGUUAAUGAGAAAUGGUGAAAAAA